AUGUUGGGUGAUGACGACAUGCGAGUUAUAUUUCACAGUCAAGCAAGAUUUUCCGACUUAGGUGCGCUGGAGUUGUUUGCCAGAAUGGUUGACGUGGAGGGCAGCAACAGGGGAUCUGCUCCGAAUCUGCCCACUGGUGUCAUAGAAGGGACUUCCACCGCCGUUCCAACAGGGCAACCGGUGACUCCACUUGUUUUGUCCCCAUCUUUUGCUGCUGAUUUGCCUAUCCCGGGUGAUGACUUGGGUGAUGGGCAUAGCUUCUUCCAGCUUGUAGUUGCGAUCGGAUCUGCACCUGUAGUGGAUGAUUUAGAGCCACCAAUUAUUGGUGACGAGAGCGACGGCGAAGAGGACACCGCAGUUGUCGGGGGAGCUCAAACCCAUGGUAGCAGUGGUACACAGCAGUACCCUCGACACUUCACCACGUUGGACCUUGAAGCAAUGAACCAGGCUGCAAAUGUAGACCAGCAUCACCCUGUGAUUCACGGAGAAAGGCCUAGCGUGAUUGGCAUGGACGAGUUUGAGGUCGGGCAACGAUUUGAAAUAAAAGAGGAAGCUGUACUGACAAUCAAGAGUUAUAAUAUUCGGCGUGGUGUAGAGUAUAAAGUGUUUGAGUCCGACCAGUUGAAGUAUCAUGGGAAGUGUGUCCAGUUCGGGAAUGGUUGUAACUGGCUGAUCCGUGUCACUAUGAGGCAGAGGAAAGGCUAUUGGGAAGUCAGAAAGUGCAAUGGACCACACAAGUGUCUAUUAACUGAGAUUUCGAUGGAUCACAGGCAGCUCGAUUACCAUGUCAUAUGUGCCUCGAUUAUAUCAUUGGUGAUGGCUGAUAUAUCGGUCUCGGUUAAGGUGUUACAGAAUGCGGUGUCUUCGAAGUUUGGGUUCAAGCCCAGCUAUAGGAAGGUUUGGAUGGGCAAGCAGAAGGCAAUUGCUCAGAUAUAUGGAGAUUGGGAGGAGUCUUACAACCACAUACUAAUGCGUGAGCAUCUUUUCUAUCUUUUCCUGGUGAAUUUGUAUCUAAUUUAUUGA